AUGUCGUGUGCUGAAUAUUCAAAUUACUUGAAUGCGGUGAAUGGCUUGUAUGAAGAGCUCUUCACGACGAGGAUCUACAACAAAAUCCUCUCACCGAUCUAUGAACGAAUGCCGGAGGAUUUUGAGAAAAGUUCAACGCCUCGUUUUAAUGUAAAGAUUGAUCUCACCUAUUUGAAGAUUUUCUCAUUGGAUGCCGAAACGCAAGUCAUGAGCUCUUGCUUGGAGACGAUUCUGAAGAUUUGGGUGAAUAUCGACGCGGUUUGGGUGCCAGAGAACGAGAUUGGGAACUCGAGAGCGCUCGAUUUGGUGUAUCCGGAUAACACGCGAACAGUUGUUGUGCACGCGGAUGGGACAAUCCGAAUGGCCAAUAUCUACUACUCGGAAGUAUCCUGCACGAUGAAUGUGAGCAUUUUCCCGUUUGAUCGUCAAAUGUGCGAGAUUGGCUACAUGGCGUUUUCUUAUGAAUGGAAAUACAUCUCAAUGACCGGGCAAAACCUUUUUUUCGAUUACGACUAUGCGGGAAAUGGAGAAUGGAAGGUGACAAAUGUGAGUGUUGAUCGAUACCAUUAUGGACCGGAUGGACCCUAUCGAAUGGAUGUGCUAGCUUUUCACAUCCAUCUCAGCCGGGUUCCCCAUUUCUAUAUCUACGUGAUCGCUGUCCCUUGUUUCAUUCUGACACUUCUCGGUGUUGUGGGAAUGUUUUGGACACCAAAUGUCGUCGAAGAGCAGUUGGCUAAAUUGAGUAUCGGUUUGACGAGUCUCGUCUCGAUCACCGUCCUUCUUGACAUGGUUUCUCAAGCGAUUCCAAAAACGGAACAAUUUCCUCUACUGGGAAUCUAUGUGGUUGUCAGUGUUGUGAUCACCUCUGUAGCCUGUGUGGUGGUUGUUGGAUGCACGACAAAACACAAAGAGAAAGAAGAAAAUGUUACACGGAUGUUCAAGAAUGUCGAGUGCAAAAAGGAAAGGUCAACCUGCUCGAAACUCUUCGAUUUGCUCACCUCGCAGCACGUCUUCUUUCAAAUCCUUUUCCAAAUUUUUGUGGUAAAAAGUGCGGCGCAGACGAUCGAUUACACGAGAUUUGGUGGAAAUGCAAUCUAUUCCGAUUUUCUGAACAAUUCAACAAAACUCUACAAUGAAAUUUUUACGACAAGAAAUUACAACAAGAAUCAAUCGCCGGUUUUCGAGAGAAUGCCCGACAAUUUUACAGAAAGUCCCGUCUCACGCUUCAAUGUCAAUAUCUUGCUUUGGUAUUUGAGGAUAUUCGAAUUGGACGCUCAAAGUCAGAUUCUUAGUUUGUGCAUAGAGGUGAUUUUCACGUGGCAAGAUUUGCGGCUUGCUUGGGAUCCGCAAGAUUACGCGGGAAUCGAGCAAAUGUGGACAAAUGUCGACUCGGUUUGGUUUCCGGAGAACGAGAUCGGUGAUGCCAAAAAUCUCCAAUUGGUGCACCCGGAUCAGCAACGAACCGUUCAGAUUUCAUAUAAUGGCACCGUUCGUGCUCCAUUUCUUUAUUAUGCCGAAACUUCUUGCAAUGUUCGAGUAGCCACAUUUCCCUUUGAUCAUCAAAUUUGUCAAGUAGCAUUCAUGGUUUUCACCUAUGGAUACAAAUACGUUUCAAUGUCCGGGGAUAUUUAUGAGAAACUCGUGCCUCAGAGCAACGGCGAAUGGGAGAUCAUCAAUGUGACGGUUGAGACGAGCACUUAUGGAGCUGGGGCUGAGAUGAUGGACUUGUUAGCUUUCACAAUCCGAAUGAAUCGCGUUCCUCAUUACUACAUUUAUGUGAUCGCGAUCCCUUGCUUCAUCUUGACACUUCUAUCAAUUAUCGGAAUGUUCUGGACACCGAAUUGCCGAGAGGAGCAAAUUGCCAAAUUAAGUAUCGGUUUGACGAGUCUCAUCUCGAUGACUGUUCUCAUCGAUAUGGUCUCCGGGGCAAUUCCAAAAACGUCGACUUUCCCUUUGUUAGGUAUUUACGUUGUUGUCUGUGUUGGAAUCACCGCAUUUGCUUCGGUUUUCGUCGUCGCUUUCUGUCAAGAGCGAAGAGAGAUGGAGAAAUGCGCAAAGAUGACCGACGAUUUCUUUUUCAAUCUACGGUCAGUAGAA